AUGUUUAGUGAUGUCCUGGAUGCUUGUGGGGUUUUGGAUUUGGGAGGUAGUGGAAGUAGAUUUACUUGGAAAGGCCCUAAAUACAGUCAUCUGGAUAGAGUUUUUAAAAGGCUUGACAGAGCAGUGGCAAAUGAUUUGUGGAGGAAUUGUUUUGAAGAAGCAGAUGUUUUGAACCUUUCCAAAAAAAUUUCUGACCACUGCCCUGUAUUGGUUAGAUUGGAGAAAGGUGAUUCUUGUUGGAGGGAGAAACCAUUUAGAUUUAUGGCUAUAUGGCAGAAUGAUCCAAGGUUCAGUGUUUUUUUUAAAUCCAAUUGGGACACUAGCUCUGAGUUGCUGAGUAGUUUGAAGUCUUUUACCCCUGCUGUUAAAGAGUGGAAUAAGUCUGUUUUUGGGUUCAUUUUGUUCAGGAAAAAUAGGGUUUUGGCUCGGUUGGAUGGAAUUCAAAAACAUAUGUGCUUGCAUAACAGUUGGCAUCUGAAGGAUUUGGAAGCUAAGCUACUAAGAGAAUUAUCUGAAAUUCUUGACUUAGAAGAACAAAUAUGGUAUCAGAAGUCAAGAGGGGAAUGGAUUAAGGGUGGAGAUAGAAAUACCAGAUUCUAUCACACUAGGACCCUGAUUCGAAGGAAGAGAAACAGAAUUUUGAAACUUCAGAAUAAUGGGAGUGGAUGGGUUACUGGAGAGGAAAAUUUAAUUGAGUUAGCCAGGAAUUUCUUCUAUAAUCUUUUCAAAGAGGAUAUGCCUAUUGCUGAAUGGAAUCAAACUGGAUUUUCCUGGCCAGUGCUCAGUAAGGAGGAUAGGGAUCUUUUGUUUUUGGAUAUAUCCUUUGAGGAAGUUAGGAAGGCUUUUUUUCAAAUGCCUCCUCUGAAGGCUCCAGGACCGGAUGGGUUCCCUGCCUUAUUUUAUCACAAGAACUGGGAUUUGAUCAAAGAUCAAGUGUUCAAGAGCAUGAAGUGCUAUCUCAAGAAUCCGGAUCAGAUUAAGGAAAUUAAUCAUACACUCCUUGCACUGAUUCCUAAAAUAGAGAGGCCCUGUUUCAUGAGGCAAUUUAGGCCUAUUGCUCUAUGCAACACUGUUUAUAAGGGUCUUAGCAAAAUCCUGGUUAAUAAGAUUAAGCCUUUUAUAGGUAAUCUUAUAUCUCCUAAUCAAGUUAGUUUCAUUCCUAGGAGGAAUAUCCAGGAUAAUAUUAUUAUUGUCCAAGAGCUCAUUCACUCCAUUCAUAGGAUGACAGGGAAGAAGUGUUUUUUUUCAAUCAAGAUUGACUUAGAGAAGGCAUAUGACAAACUUAAUUGGGGAUUUAUUAGAUCAUUUCUUGAAGAAGUUCAACUUCCUAGUGACUUGAUUGCUGUUGUCAUGGGUUGUGUUACCACACCCUUUAUUGAAGUUUUAUGGAAUGGUUCUAAAACUCCUGGAUUUCAGCCUCAAAGGGGAAUAAGGCAAGGAGAUCCCCUAUCUCCCUACUUGUUCGUUCUCUGCAUGGAAAAGCUUACUCAUCUGAUUAUGGAUGAAGUGGGAAAGAAAAACUGGAAACCUAUUAAAGCUGGCAGAUCAGGGCCUCAAAUCUCCCACUUGAUGUUUGCUGAUGACAUCAUCCUAUUUGCUGAAGCUUCUCUGAGUCAGUUUGCUUGUAUUUCGGACUGUUUGCUUAAGUUUUCCAACAUGUCAGGCCAAAGUGUAAGUAUGGAGAAAUCUUGUAUUUAUUUCUCUAGGAAUACUUCUCUGGAGAUUAGUAGUUCUAUUGCAGAUAUUAGUGGAUUCAAGGUAGUCAAGAGCAUUGGCUGUUAUCUGGGAGCUCUAAUGAGGCAUGGGAGGGCUAGUAGGAAGCAUUAUGCCAAUAUCAUAUCUAGAGUUCAAAAUAGACUUCAAGGGUGGAAAGCCAAAUGUAUGUCUUUGGCUGGGAGAAUCACUUUAGCCAAGAGUGUCAUCUCAGCAAUCCCAACUUAUCAUAUGCAAAAUAAUACCCUGCCGAUUCACAUCUGCCAGGAGAUUGAGGAAUUGCAAUGCAAGUUCAUUUGGGGAGACUUAUAUGAAAAAAGAAGAGCCCAUUAUGUUGCUUGGGAUCAGCUUUUUUGUGGACUAAAGUAUUACUUGGCAAAUAUGGAAAAAAAACAAGAUCCCAGGAGAGGUUUCAUAGUUAAACCAAGUGACUCUCCUUUAUGGAAAAGCAUCUGUUCUGCAAGAACUAAACUAGAUCCUCAUCUGGUUUGGGAAGUUGGUAAUGGAAUCACUACACUAUUUUGGAUUGAUUGUUGGAGUGGAGGAAACAUUAGUCUCUUUGAUUUGGCAUGUGUUAAACCCCCUAGUUCUGAUCUGGAUCUUAGGAUUUGUGACCUUGUUAAGAAUGAAAUAGGUGGCUGGAAGUGGGAUUAUUUGAAGAAAUAUCUUGAUGAUAGCACUAUUGGGAAGUUGCAAGGAUUUCUGCCUCCUUCUCCUUCUGGGCCGAAUGACAGACUUUGUUGGACCAGAAAUAGUUCAUCUAGGUUUAUGGUUCGUAAUGCAUAUUGCCAGCUGACAGAUCCUAUUGUGGGGAAGGACAAACUAUGGUCUAUGAUUUGGAAAUGGAAAGGGCCAUACAUAAUUGCAACCUGCUUAUGGCUUGCUUGCUUGAAUAAACUUCCUGUGAGAAGUAUUACUGGUCUAUGGAGUGGUGGUGUGACUUAUUGUCCCAGUUGCUAUGACAAUCAUGAGACAAUUAUGCAUGUUCUUAGGGACUGCAAUAGAGCAAAGUUUGUGUGGGAGUGCUGGUUUGGAGGUGUAAUUCCAGAUAGUUUCAUGACAGCAGUUGGUCUAGACUGGUUUCGGGCCAAUAUCUGUAAGUCCUUCUCAUCUAGAUUUUGGCAUUCCUGGUAUGAAAUUUUCUUUGUCACUUGUUGGCUCUUAUGGCGAUGGAGAAAUCUGUUGGUUCAUGAUGAUACUUUUUCUUGGCCUGAAGAUCCAAUGAGUAAGAUUCUAAUCUUUCUAAAAGAUAUGAAAAAGAGCUGUAGCAGUGAACCCUUUUCUCAGGCACAGAAGGAACCUAUUUCUUUUAUUGGAUGUGGCAAUAGUAUGCAGAAGGAAGCUGUCAAAAUUUUAGUUGAUGGAGUUGUUUCAUUGAAUACCAAAACAGGAGCUUGUGGAGGAUUCCUAUGUAAUUCAAAGGGUGAGUGGAUUUCUGGUUUCUCUCUCAAUAUUGGUAUAUGUACCAGCCUUGAAGCUGAGUUAUGGGGAAUAUGGCAGGGGCUUCAACUUGCUGUGGGUUUAAAAAUCCAGGAGGUUUGGGUUGGUUGUGAUAGCCAGGAAGCUUUAUUAAGUAUCAAUUCCUCUUCUGAAUCAGAUGGCAAUUCCUUGUUAGUUAGGAAAAUUAGGAACUCUUUACAGGCCUUAGAGUAUGCUUCCUUUGAGUAUAUUCCUAGAAAAAAUAACUCUUGUGCUGAUGGCUUAGCCAUUUUAGGUUUGAAAGGUAGGGGUGGUGAGCUGAAUGUAUAUUCCUCUCCCCCUGCAAGUGUUUUUCCAUUCUGGAAUGACUUUUGUAAUUUCUUGCUGAUGGAGCAUGUUUCUUUUGACAUGCAUCAGCUUUCAAUUUAA